AUGAAUCUCCUGAUGCUGACCUUCAUGAUAUGUGGGUUACUAAAUCUGGUGACCAAAGCUGGCUGGUUUGUUGAAAGAUGCUGGAAGAAUGAUGUAGGACACUGCAGAAAACGAUGUUUACAUCUCGAAAGGUACAAACUUCUUUGUAAGAAUAAGCUGUCAUGCUGCAUUCCCCUCAGCAGUGACCAUCCACACACUCAAUGGCCAAUACGUCCCACAUUCGGUGAAGAUGUAACUGUUGGAUUUGGUACUCACGAUGGUUUUCCUUUUUCUCCCAUAUCUGGGUUGAAUGAUGAGGUAACAAUUAAAACAAUUGAGACUGAAGAAACCACAGUAACUGGGACCACUACUUCCGAGAGAGAUUCUCCCUAG